CUGUACAGACGUCCUACUACGUUAUUUUUUGUCCCGAGCUCGGCUACCUCAAGGACGUGGACGUUUAGUGCCGGUCCGUCAAUCAAUACAGAUAAGCAGGUCACGGACAUAACUUACAAACAACACCUCCGAGCAAGGCGCUGACCAGUCCUUGACCAGGAGUGAAACAGAACGUAGGAUUCCUAUACAGUGCAAAAAACGACAUUAUGCUAAUUGGAACUCCAGUUGUACAGAGAGGCACGGCUGUGUUAUCACCGUUCCAAAGGGAAAAGCUUGAGUACUACUUCAAAUUUUUUGAUGUCGAUGGCGAUGGGUACCUGAUGAAAAAAGACCUUACUCUCUUAUUCCAGAAAAUAAUAGAGUAUACUGGAUGGGAGGAGCGGUCGGCGGCGGCUGUAGAACUCUAUGAAGUGCAUUCUACAUUCUUCGAGGUUUUGCACGAAAAAACUGACAUCAACUCAGAAUUGAUUGGUGUUGAUGCUUGGAUGUCGUUAUGGGAACAUAUGAUACCCGGAUGUAUGGGAAUGCAUAAUUUCCCAAUAUGGCUCCGGCUAUUACCGAGGUCACUGUUCCGGGUCAUGGAUACGAAAGAAGAUGGUCAUUUGGAUGCGCUAGAAAUCCGGGAGUUUUAUGAGUCGUUUGUAAAGAUACCAGCAGACGAAGCCGGCGGACUGGCCAACAGAGCAUUCAACGAGAUGACAGACCAUGGACGUUAUCCGCUGACUUUAGAGGGAUACGAGCAAAUCUUUGCCAACUUCCUGUUGGGACGAACAAAAUACGGGCCAGGCCGAUACAUCUUCGGCUGCUUCGAGCAUUCUGCUGACGACCAGUCUAGUCUUAUUUCCGGUCCACCAAAAGAAGACGCUGUCACUGCAGUCGCUACAAAGUUCCCGCGCAGAUCAAGUGACGCAAUCAGAACUCCACUGCGCACGGUCUAGAAAGAGUAAUACCGGAAGUUACAGUUAAAUGUACAUAACAGGAUUGAUUUAGUACCUAAUCAUUCCCCUACGGAGAGUUUACGUCGUUGAUAACAGGCAGAAAUGGUAGGGUGAUGUGUGUGCUUGUAUGUUACUCAAUUAACUAAUUUCGUGUCAAUUCCAGUUGGAUUCGACCCCGACAUACACUCAUUUCAUCAACAAUCAUUUAUGAACAAUGAAAUUGUAUAUCCAUCAAUAAUUCUUUUGACCAAUAAUGUGCCUAGGUUACAUUAAUGUUGGGGAUAAUUAAUAAGUUUCUAUAUUUUUAAAGUGUGACUUUAGAAUGUUUUACAUUAACGAUACACAAUGCCAUGAACUACUGUUAAAUAUGUAUGGAAGGUGAAAGAAAUCAUAAAUAAUACGGAAGGCAUGCCAUCUUUUAUUCAAAUUAUUUAAGAAAAUGAAGAUACGAAGAAGUUGACGUAUAUCAAUAGCUGAACACUUGGGCAUUGAUAUUUUAAAAAAAAUGAACGCAUAUCGUAAAUUCAUAUCCAUUUUGUCAGUUGAAAAUAUGUUAUGACAAAGCUAUCCUCACUCCUACCAUAGGCCCUAGCUGCCCAAAGCUUGAUCAGAGUGCAAACUGGGCAAGUCGGAACAUUCUAUAUCAUUUAACAGCCGUCGAUUUUUUGAAAACAAAUUGAUAACUUUGAAUGGAAUAUCUUUGUGUUUCCAUUGACCUCUGGGGCCUGAAGUGGUCGGUAUUAGUCUUACCUGAUUAACAAACAUCCUGACACACCUUCAUUAUCACGAAGUCGUAUUAAAUGUCAUACAUUGGUUAUGGGAUGUAUAUCGGUAAUGUAUAUUGUAUAUACUGUGUAAGGGGAGAGAGGGGGUAGGGAGAGACCAUUUAUAUUGUGCCUCCCGUCCCAUGAUUGAUGAAUUAAUAAAGCUUAAAGAUCAUUGAGUUUUUCGGUAACAUUUUCAUUGCUGACACUUUGUGUUAUAUUUACCUUAGUUGUGAUGUUCACAUCACAAAAUUGUUAUAGUAUUGUUCUGCAUAAUAUAAUUUUUACAGACGUAUUACUACACAAAUGAUUGUGUUCUCUGCAGCUCAGUUUAACCUUAUUCCUCCAAAACGUUGUCGAAAAUCAUUGAUAUAUGCAGAAAUUGUUCCACGAUGCUGAAAAAAGUUUGUUUCACAAUGUACCUUAAAUGUUAUAAAUAAUGAAGAAACGUUGAUUUGUUUUGUCAUGAAUCUUUUAUAUAAAAAUAGAAAUAAAAAUGUUGAUUAUAUCUGA